GUUACUCUAGCAUUAAAUUUAAUGGAAUUUUACUCUAUUGAAUUUUUUUCAAGGAAAGUUAAAUAGACAGUCGAGAAAUUUUGCUGCCAUGUUUCAUGAUGAUCAGUACAGCCCGACUGGACUUUAUGCAUGUACAUACGGUGUUGGCGAUGCGAUGGAGCAGAUACAAUCCAUACUACCUGGAGCCAGAGGUAAGGAAGGAGGCCUAUGACAAACCAGAGACAGAACUCACCGAAGCGGAGAAGGAAGAGCAGGCACUGAAGACUCUCAGGCCCAUCAAGGCAGCUGCAAACAGCGUCACCAGCUCUGUUUAUCAUGAUCCUGUCAUCAGUAAGUUCAUCAACAUGAUGAUGAAGGAUGGAAACAAAGUUUUGGCAAGGGAGAUCAUGACAGAGACAUUGGAACAAAUUAAAAGGAAACAGGUGGAGAAGUACCACAAAGCUCCAGAGGAAAAGAGAGAAGAGAUUGAGUGCAACCCUUAUGCCAUCUUCCAUCAAGCGUUAGACAACUGUAAGCCUGUUGUUGGUCUUUCCAACAUCCAGAAAGGUGGAAAAUAUUACCAGGUGCCAGUUCCGCUAACUGAGAACAGGCGACGCUUCCUUGCCAUGAAAUGGAUGAUCACAGAGUGUAGGGAGAACAAGCACCGGCGCACACACAUGUACGAAAAACUCUCCCAGGAGCUGAUGGCGGCCUCUGUGAAGGAAGGAAAUGUCUUCAAGAAGAAGAUUGAAAUGCAUAAGAUGGCCGAAGCCAACAGAGCAUACGCGCAUUACCGUUGGUGGUAGAAGUGCACUGGACUGGGGGGGGGGGGGGGGUGUCUUCUUGACAUUGAAUGGUGUCAUGUAAAUAAUGGACUGGAGGGCUGAAGAAUUUGGAGCGACAGGGAUGGCUCAAGACAUCAGAAUUGUGAUGUCGGAAUUCAUUUCACUCGUGUUUGUGUGAGUAGUGGAGGAGCUUCUUUUACAGGUAUAACAAUACAUAAAUUACAUUUUAUACAAUAUACAAAUUAGUUGAUGCGGCUGAAUAAAAGGGCACAAGUCA